AUGGGAUCUUGGAGGGAAUCCAGAGCCAUGUGUCUGCUCCCCCUUGACGCUAUCUCUGUCUCUGCAGGGCCCCGACAGAGCACAGUGGUGGAGGAGUGCGGGCGCCGGGGCCCCUCGACCCGCAUCGUGGGGGGCACGGACGCGCGGGCAGGCGAGUUCCCCUGGCAGGUCAGCGUCCGCCUCAAUGGCACCCACUUCUGCGGGGGGUCCCUGAUCAGCCACCAAUGGGUGCUCACAGCUGCCCACUGCUUCCAGAAGUCCCGUGACCCCGCGCAGUUCUCGGUGCUGCUGGGCGCGGUGCGGCUGCAGGACCCCGGCCCCCAGGCCGUGGUGGUGGCAGCGGGCGCGGUGGUGGUGAACCCACGCUACGCGGGCGAGGCCUCCAGCGGGGACCUGGCCCUGCUGCGCCUGGUCCGGCCCGUGACCUUCGGCCCCCGUGUCAGCCCCAUCUGCCUCCUGGACGCUGGGGUCCGCUUGCCCGCCAGCACCCGCUGCUGGGUCCUCGGCGGGGCCCCGCCGCUGCCCGGCGCCCGCGACAUCCAGGAGGACAUGAUGUGCGCCGGGUACCCCCAGGGGGGGCGGGACGCCUGCCAGGGUGAUUCGGGCGGGCCCCUCGUCUGCCCCCUGGGGGCCGCGUGGGUGCAGGCUGGCGUGGUGAGCUGGGGUGACGGCUGUGCCCGCCACAACCGCCCGGGGGUCUACAUCGCCUUGGCAACCUACCGGGACUGGAUCCAGCAGCACGUGCCCGGCAUCGGCUUCGUGGGGGGCGGACGCCGGGGAUCUUCCUGAGGGGGGUCCCGGACACCCGGGGUCUUUUUUAUUUAUUGGGGGCAACCUUGGGUUCAUUUUUAUUGGGGGGGUCUUGGACCCUUGGAUUUUUUUAGGGGG